CACGCCGUCUCGAUGGCACGGCCGCGCCGCGUGCUCCGCUCCUUCUACAUAGACCCUGCCCACUGGACACGGCCGUUCCAUUUCCCGUUUCCCGAUUCAAGUCAGCGGUUUAGGGUUCGAGAUCUCCGGCAUCGCGUCGCAGCAGCCAUGGCGGCAAGCAUGUUUAGUACCGUCAAGGUGAGCAAUGUGUCCCUGAAAGCAGCACAGCGUGAUAUAAAGGAAUUCUUUUCCUUUUCUGGUGACAUUGUUCAUGUUGAAAUGCAGAGUGGUGAUGAGCUGUCUCAAGUUGCCUACAUUACUUUUAAAGACAAUCAAGGAGCUGAGACGGCAAUGCUUCUCACGGGGGCUACGAUAGUUGAUAUGGCUGUCAUUGUCACGCCCGCUACUGAUUAUGAGCUACCUGCAGAAGUUGUAGCUGCUCUAGAGCCCAAGGACACAAAACCUUCUGCCCUUCAAAAGGCCGAGGACAUUGUUGGGACCAUGCUGGCGAAGGGAUUUAUCCUUGGUAGGGAUGCACUGGACAGAGCAAAGGCUCUGGAUGAGAAGCAUCAACUCACAUCAACUGCGACUGCUAGAGUAUCUUCGUUUGACAAGAGAAUCGGUCUAAGUGAGAAGUUCAGUGUUGGCACUUCAGCUGUCAAUGAUAAAGUUAAGGAAAUGGAUCAGAAGUACCAAGUCUCUGAGAAGACAAAAUCAGCACUGGCAGCUGCUGAACAGAGUGUCUCGACUGCUGGAUCCGCCAUUAUGAAGAACAGAUAUGUCCUCACUGGUGCAGCAUGGGUAACCGGCGCCUUCAGCAAGGUCACAAGUGCAGCCAACGAUGUUGGUGCAAAGGCUAAGGAGAAAAUAGCGGCUGAGCAGGAGCCCAAGAAUGUUGAGGGUGAGUCUGCAGCACAAUCCAACAUCUCAGAAGGCCCGGUAACACACAGGGACUUGGAUGGUGAAUUCGCAAAGAUACAUGUCUCUGAAACCCCUGAAGAUAUCCCCGUCUCCACAGCAGCGACUGUCCCUGCUAUUACUGAUGAGGAGCCCAGCAAGGUGUCUCCCCCCACUGAUGCUCCUAAAAAGCCAGAAUCUGCUCAGGGAUUGAUUCUAUGAUAUGAUUUGCGCCCCAUACAUGUGUAAAUAGACAUGCUAUGGUUGUUGAACUCAUUUCUAGUGUUGUGGUUGCCAUCUUUUGGUUGAAACAAACCCCUUUGAAGGUUGAAAGCUAUUGGGACCUAAAAGAGUUUGCAAUUUGUUACCUGAUACUUUUAUCAAUAUAUCAUUAUUACCCUGUAGUGGGAACAUGAAA